AUGAAAAAGGUACCCGCAGGCGCCAUAAUACCCUCCAACCUCCCGUCGGCGCUCCCCACACCACUGUUCACCUUUCCAUCGGUCACGCAAUUCCUCAUACCCACACAACAGUUCUGCGACCGCCUACUCACUUUCUGCAUCAACCACAACCGCGUCAUCGGAUACCCGGUUUGCAUAAGAGAAGGGAAAUACAGUAGGAAUGAGUUCAUCUUCAAUUUCGCAAUCGUGAUAGGCGAAAAUGAGCGCGACUGGGCGUGCUACGGCGAAGUCGUGAGGAAGCUGGGACGCUUGUUGAGAGGCCUAGAAGAACAGGGCGGAUUCUUGUCCAGAGAAGAGGAGGGCGUUUGGGAAGAUGAAGGAGGAAACGUUGGGUUCGGGCACGACGAUGGCGUCGGCGGAUUUGGAAUAGGUGGUGGCAGCAAGGUGUAUGCGCUGUGUGAGAUGGUGCUUGAGGAUUUAAAUAACUACGCGGAGUGCAUGAUACCAAUCGAUGACUCGAAUACGAUCAACCUAAAGCUAUUCCCUACGCGACCGCCUCCUCCACCUAUCCUCGCGCAUCAAGUGCCCUUGCUCACCAUAUCUCUGUCAAGUCUCCAGCAACCCGUAUCCUCGGACCUCACUCUCAAUCGCAUACUACCAUACAUAAACGGUAUCAACUCGAUAGCCCAUAUAGCGCAACUGGCUGAUACCGAUCUCUCGUUGACAAGACGAGCCAUUCAACAUUUGGUGUAUUAUGGAUGUUUGAUACUACUGGAUAUCUUCAGCUUCAGCGCCAUAUAUGCGCCAACAGCAGAGAUUGGUGAUUUCAUAAUGGAUGCAGAGGUUAAAGAGGAGUGUAUGCGAUACGUCAGCGUACCGAGAAUGAGACUUGGUUCGAACGCAAAAACAGCUCGGAUGGAUAGCGAAGUUUCAGAGAAGAGUAGGGACGAGCGUAGUUCGACCUCGUCUUUGUCAUCACAGCAAAGCGAGACUGUCGGAUCUACGCUUAGGGUCUCAGAGUUCGAUAGCCACAUCGCCGCUCAAAAGAAGGAAGAGGAGGAAGAGAAUGUAUGGCAGACGAGCCAUGAGACGUUGAUAACGCUAUACACAUCGCUGCGACAAGGUCUCACUUUGAAGAACUGGGUGCUGGAGAAUCUGGAUCUUCUCACUGGCAUCGACGUACGCCGCUUCAUAACCUUCGGCAUCAUCAAGGGUUUCCUCUACCGUGUGCACAAGUACGCGAUAGCGACCUCAACGACCCUACCACCCGCACCACCAACGAGUCUGCAAACAAGUGCCGCGACAUCUCUCGCAAACCCCCGCGACUCAGACACCACUACAAUUCGCGGCAACGAACGAGUACACCAUUCCUCCCAGCCAAGUAUUCAGACCCACGGUCACCACACUUCCCAAGCCAAUAUCCACACACAUCAUCCAUCCUUCUCGAUUCACAGACCGAGCGUUGCCUCCGCGAUGCCUGCAAACCACAAUCAUCUUCAACAACAGAACCCCCAACAUCUCAGUGUUUCGAAGGGUGAAGAACACCAAACCCUCGAGGGCUUGGUGAGCGAUAGGGAUAAGAGCGGGAGCGGGCUUCCUCUACUGAGAUUUCUAGAUGGCAUGCACUGCUUCGAUGAGAUUUGUACGGAAUUGGGACUACCCGAACGUGUUGUUGAGGGAAAGGUACGGGGUAUGGGUGAAGGCGCUGGAGUUGUUGUUCAUCGAUGA